CUCUUUUCAUCCAGCUCGGUUCAACUCCCAUCCCUCCUGGACAUCCUCGCUUCUCUUUUUACCUAGGCUGCAGCCAGUGGAGCCCCAGCCUGCGCAAGCCAUGAGCCCAGGUGGGAUCAAGAACUUCAGCCCCAGGAUGUUGACUACAUUGCUGCCUUUGCUGCUGCCGCUACUGUUACUACUGCCGGGCUGGGCCCUUUGUAGCCAAGAAGCCUCAGAUGGCCCACGGAGCCUCCACAUGCUACAGAUCUCCUACUUCCAGGACCCCUCGCAUGUGUGGCACCAUGGCAACGCGUCGCUGGGGGGUCAGCUGACACACACGCUGGAAGGCCCGGGCAACAACGUCACGAUCCUCCAGCUGCAGCCCUUGGAGGAGCCGGAGAGCUGGGCCCGUACGGAGAGAAGCCUGCAGCUCUACCUGAACCAGUUCUACAGUUUGGUGCAUGUGGUGCACCGGGAGCGCAAGGGCAGCGUAACCUUUCCUCUCACCAUCAGCUGCUUCCUGGGCUGCGAGCUGCCUUCUGAGGGCUCUGGAGCCCACGUCUUCUUCGAAGUUGCUGUUAAUGGGAGCUCCUUUGUGAGUUUCCAGCCAGAGACAGCCGUGUGGGUGGCAGGCCCCCAGGCACCCUCCACAGUGGUCACCUACACCCUGAAGCAGCUCAAUGCCUACAAUCGUACCCGGUAUGAACUGCAGGAAUUCCUGCAGGACACCUGUGUGCAGUACGUGGAAAAGCACAACGCUGUGAAAAAUUCAAAAGGGAGCCAAACAGGCCGCUCCUACACUUCGCUGGUCCUGGGUGUCCUGGUGGGCAGUUUCAUCAUUGCUGGUGUGGCUGUGGGCAUCUUCCUGUGCACAGGUGGACGGCGCUGUUAAUUUCUCUACAGUCCCCUCUGAGAAAGGGCUGGAUUGACAGGGGCUGGCAAGGGAAAGUCUCAGCUCACAUAAAGCGGAACAGACUCUCCAACUGGAACAUCAUAUCACAGAAGAUGUGGAGUGACAGCUCCUUUCUUCUCCCUGACCUGCCCACCAAGAGUAUGGGGGAGGGAACACAACAGGAAGACUAGGUAGACAAAGUACUCGGUUUGCCAAGAACUUGCAUGCUUUGCUGAAGUGGUUUGAGAAGUGACUGCUUAUCUGUCUUUGUGGAAAACAGAUGGUGAAGUUAGGACAGGGGCUAUGACCAUUCUCUAAAGACAGACAGAUCACCUGAGGCAUUCAUAACACAUAAGUAAAUAAAAUAAGUUGUCCACCACCAAAAUAAGCAACAUUCAAUUCUUCUAGGUGUGUCCAACUUGGGAAGGGACACUGGUAUAAUUAGGGGUAGAUACAUGUAACCAAAGAAAUGAUGGAAUUGUAAAAUCCAAAUAAUAUGGAAGCAAUGAAUUAUUAAUUAAUCAAGUAAAAAUACUCAAUUCCUUAUUUAUGUAUGAGUCAUAAUUAUUUCCUCUAUUUUACAAAAGUUCUGGAAAAGUGACCUAUACUAUUUGCUUUCAUUUUUAUCAUCUCCCACUCCCUCUUCAACCACUACAGUCUGGCUUCUCUAUAAAGUGCUCAAAGAUAACCAGUGGCCUGUAAUUAUCCAACUCUAUUCUCCAU